UUAAUUAAUAAAAUAAUGUUGGGGAAAAUAAAAACGAAGCAAGAGAAAAGCGGCGAGAUUGUUGCAUACAGUGAGACAGCAGUUGCAAACAACGCUGCAGUUGUAGAAUAUUGUAAGAUCUCAAUGGCAGCUUUGUCGGGUGGCACAGCAGGACUGCUAGGAUUGACCGGGUUGUACGGAUUCGGGUUUUACGUUUUUGCGGUUUUCGGGCUGUGGGCGAUGCUGUUGAUGAAGGCUGGCGGCCAGUGGAGGAAAUAUUUUAUUAGCAGACGGCAUCUCUUGACCAGUGGAUUCUUUGGAGGACUUUGCACAUACGUAUUAUUCUGGACAUUUUUAUAUGGAAUGGUUCAUGUCUAUUAAAAAGAGAAAGGGUGGAUGGCUCACAACAAUUGUGACACAUCACGUAAUUAUUUAAAUAAACAAGGUUGCAUAAUUAUUAUAAUAAACCAGUCAUUGUAUUUAUAUUAUUUAAGCCUUUCGGAUGACCAAAUAAAUGGUGAAGCAUUCACGCGAUGUUGUACACGUAUGUCGAUAUGUAUAUAAAAGACACGUUUCUUUAAAACGAUCACUGGCAUUUAUUAUCUAAU